AUGCCGCGAUUACGAUUACGAUUCCCGGCGGUGGCUCUUUUAUCGUUGCUGAUCUUGCUCUCCUGCCCUUUCGCGACGGCCAACGAGCGGGAGCCCGUGUAUAUCCAGGGAUUAGGGCUUGAUGGCGUCAAGCGUGAGCUUGACGUCAGCCGAUAUCCUGCCCUGUAUACGGGUGACUUCGAUGACUGUCUUGGUGGGCAGAGCUUGUUCAAUGUCACCAAGUUUGAUGCCGCAUACUAUGCCGAUAAUCUCACGGUCCUAUUUCACCUCGACGGAACCACCAACAUCCAUAAGGAGAACCUCAUUCUUCACAUCUCGGUCGAAGCGUAUGGGGAGAAUAGAUUCAACAUGACAUAUGAUCCGUGCAAGGCCAACAUCCAUAGCAUGUGCCCGUUGAACAAUUCAGUACCCAUCACAGCAUUUGCAGCCAUUCCCCUUGCGCCACACGACGUAUCUGGCAUUCCGUCGAUUGCAUUGGGAAUUCCGGAUUUGGAGGGCUUGGCUCGUCUGCAAAUAUUUGCGAAUUCCACACAAACCGAGAUCGGGUGUUUCCAAGCUGCCAUGACCAACGGCAAUACUUUUUCGCAGCCGGAAGCCGUGGCGUCAUUCGUUGGAGUCAUGGUGUUUAUGGCUGUGCUGGCAUCGUUCGCCACUGCCAUAUAUGGCCUGAGUAUCCCACACAUGCGUGUUCACUAUGCACAUUCAUUCUCGGUCCUCGUCAUUUUCGAGACUUUUCAGACCAUCUUCUUCUCUGGCGCCCUGUCUGUCAAUUGGCCUAGCGUUCUUCCCGCUUGGUGGAGCAACUUUGCAUGGACAGCAGGCAUGUUUGCGAAUAAUCAAAUCGUGAGCUCAGUGAGCUCCUUCACCGGCAACGACGUCAACAUCACCCAGGUAGGUGGUGCUGGCUCUGUCCAAAUCAAUAACGGCGGCGGGCUGUCACAACAGAUCUACGGCCGGUCUUUGUUUGCUGCGUCCCUGCUCCAAGGUGGUGUUGGCGCGUCAAAAGCUCUCGCUCGGCGAAAUGCAUACAAUGCAAGCGAUCCGUAUGACUACACUUGGGGCGGCCACCCGAGGACCCCCGGAAUGCCCAUGCCAGGGACCUGGCCCGGUUUCGGUGGGACAUUGUCCGCGGUUAAUAUCCCACCUGAUGAAGCAUUCAUCAUCUCCAUCAUAUGGCUGCUGGUUGUUGUGGCUGCCGUGGCAUGCUUCGUCGUGGCAGUGAAGCUGAGUUUGGAUGUCUUGGUGAAACUGAAGUGGCUCAAAACUGAUGGCUUUGACUAUUUCCGUUCGCACGUCUGGGACUAUACGGCCUCAGCUCUCCUUCGAACACUCUUCAUUGCCUUCUUCACCGUCAUGACCCUUGCCAUGUACCAGUUUUCGCUUCGUGGAUCUGCUGGACCGACUGCUGUUGCGGCCAUUGUCUGGCUAAUAUUCCUGCUGGGCGUGGGGGGGGUCACGGUCUAUGCAUGCUACUUCCGCCUUCGCCAUGGAAAGUACGAUAUCGGGCCGGAUAGUCUGCGUUUCGAACGGGACACGGUUUUCGGCAAAGUCCCAUUCAUUGCGACGACAAGACAGAGCAAGAUCGGCGAGGAGGAGCCAAGCCAUAGACCGUACCUGUUGGCCACUUUGCCAUUCGUCAAGAUCAAGUACAUCGCCGACGACCCCAACAGGGACUCUGUUCAUCUGGACGAAGGAUAUAUCAAGAGAUUUGGUUGGCUAUCAGUCCGAUACCGACGAUCACGAUGGUGGUUCUUUGCGGUUUACCUUGGUUACCAGUUCAUCCGAGCAUGCUUUAUCGGCGGAGCAGCACGUUCGCCGCUGGCACAAGUUUACGGUCUGUUCAUAUUUGACAUUAUUGCACUCGUUGUCAUCAUGAAACUGAACCCCUUCGAAAGCAAUCGCAAUACCGCAGUCGCUGUUUGGAUGCUAUCGAUUUCCAAGAUUUUAACCACUGGCCUGUCGAUAGCUUUUCUGCCUGCGUUUUCCAUCAGUCGAAUCGUCGCGACGGUGCUUGGCAUUAUCAUCAUCGUCGUUCAGGGAUUUGUGGCGGUGGCAGUCUUGAUAUUGAUCAUUUUAGGGGUGAUUUCGACGUGGAUGUCACUGUCGAGGAAUCGAGAAGAAUUCCCCCAGACUUUGCAGCAGAUUCGCAUUAAUUAUUUUGAGCACGCAGAAGCCCGGGCCGACGACAUCCCGUCGAGACCAAAAAAAUCAAACAAGGAAGAGAUGGGUGAGGGGCCGCAGGAGGCCAUCUUUGCAGUCCGAGAGGUGCGGCGUGCGCCCAAAAUAGAAGACGAAGACGUUGAUAAGUUUCCGGACUUGGAUCCGCACAACAUGACAAUCACUGGUGUCGGGGCCGGUGGACGUCGGAGUCGAGCAAACAGUGCCAGCUCGAGAUUUUCAGUCAGCAGCCUCCCCAGGGCUGCUCGUGUGCACCGGGCAUCUUGGAGCUCCAAGGACAUUCCUCUUUGGGAUUCCGAAAUGAACCGAGGGGACCAACAGCGUGUGGGCCAUUCGCGGGCCAGCUCUCUGAGGUUGUCGGGCUAUCAUGUGGCAGAUGCUCCAGGGACCAGCACACCAGUCCGGAGACCCAUGACACCACAAGAAGAAAUAUUGGAAGAGCCACCAGUGCAGCAUUCAGACAGUUUGCCAACAGAGUGCGUCGACAGCAGCCAAGUUUCCGAGGAGACAAGAGCAAAGGACAAGGAACAGGAAGACUCUACGCCUGAAAUAAUAACAGAGUCUUCUGAGGCCAAGGAGGAGCCAAAAGCGGAGUCUGAUGCAAAGGAGGCAUCAUAG